ACUCCAAGCCACCUAAAGUCCCUGGCUGGGAGCUGUGUUCCCCUCCUCCACUCUGUCUCCCCCGCCCCCCCGGAUGUCCACCAUGGAGAGCAAGGAUGAGAUCAGCGACACAGACAGCGGCAUCAUUCUGCAGUCUGGCCCCGACAGCCCAAUUUCCCCAAUGAAGGAGCUGACCCAUGCUAUGCGGAAGCAGCAGAGAGCGCUGGAGGAACGUCUGGAGUUAUGUCUGGAGGAGUUAAAGAAACUCUGUCUUCGAGAAGCGGAGCUGACAGGCACACUGCCACAGGAGUAUCCCCUCAAACCAGGAGAAAAGGCCCCCAAAGUUCGCCGAAGGAUCGGAGCAGCUUACAAACUGGACGAACAGACUUUCCGAAGAGAGGACCCUCUGAGCAGCCUGGAGCAGGAGCUGGCGCUGCAGCUGCAGAUUGCAGAGGCGGCCCGUCGUCUCUACAAAGAGGAAAACCUCACCAAGCAGAUCCGAAGGCGGAGGAAGCAUGCGGUGCUGCAAGAGGAGAAGAAGCUCCGGGAGCUGGAAAACAGCCUCAGCCAACGGAGGCUGAGUAGUGGAUGUGUGGCCCUUUCUCCUGCCACCAUGCUCAGGGGAGAGCUGAGCGCUUCUGAUGACAGCUCCCUGUCUGAUGCAGUGCUGUUGGAAGAAGAAGAAGCCCAGUUGCCAAAACCUGUUCCAGAGUCCCCGGCACCACCUACCAGGUCACUCCCGCCCCAGCGACUGGAGGGGCUGAAGCCAGCAGAGCCUGAGGCUGGGGGUCCAGAGCGCUCUCCAAUCCAGAACAGCCCCUGGAAAGAAACUAGCCUGGAUCAUCCCUAUGAGAAACCCAAGAAAUCUCCCUCAGAACUCGAUAGCGAGUCCAGCAGCCCAGCCACGACACCCCAGGAUGGGCCAAGCUCCAUCAGCCCCUGGUUGCUCGAAGCACCUACAUAUGUGGUCCCACUCCGAAACAUUCCUGGACAAGUUCAAGGCCGGGCGAGUGCCCCAGCUACCCCAGAGAUUCAGGGGAGACGGGGCCAAGCUCAGUCUCUAAGGGUAGAUUCUUUCCGAGUGUGCCCGGAAGGCCGUGGCCGAAGUGCUAUCCCUCGCCGGCGUCCCACACACUAUACAGUGACUGUGCCUGACUCCUGCUUCCCUUCAGCAAAACACCCCCUACCCCACCCUGCCUACCACUCCGGCUCUGAAGACAGCAGCUCUGAUGUCUCCAGCAUUUCUCAUGCCACCUCUCCGGGCAGUAGUAGCCCAGACAUCUUCUUGCGGCCCAUGUCCCCAUCUGACCAGCUCUGCUCCCGGAGAACCUGGGUCUCUGCUGAUGGACGUGAGCUGGCAGCUUAUUACCCGAAGCUGCUGCUCCCAUCUGGAUAUUUCCCGGCAGGGAGGUAUGUAAUGGUGUCCGACAGGCAACAAAUGCCUGCUGGAUGGGAGCUUUGCCAUCUGGGAUCUGGCACCGUCUAUGAUGAAGAUGGAGCCCCUCUGCGUUACCAACGACUAGUACCCUCUCACAGCCGGAUUGUAAGGACACCUUCCUUGAAGGACAGCCCUGCAGGCCGAGGACUCAGCAAGGCAGCUGUAUCAGAGGAACUCAAGUGGUGGCAUGAGCGGGCACGGUUACGGAGUGCCCGUCCACAUUCACUAGACCGGCAGGGGGCCUUCCGAAUGAGGAGCCUCCCUCCAGGCAGAGAGUCCUUUGGGAGAGUCAUGGGGAGAACACAGAUGCCCAUGGUCCAUGUGCUGAGGAGGACAUCGGAUGGAACCCCUAUGCAAGUCUAUGUGCCAGAGAAAGGAGAGAUCAUCAGCCAAGUGUAG